UGGAUGAAGAACUGAUUUAGCAUGAGGACCUCCUGCCCAUCCACCAUCACCCCCGAGAAGAUCAAGCUGAGAUACUGCAGCUUCAGUCCAAACUUCUUUGAGGUGUACUUCAAGCAUGCAGCGGAGGCCUUUGAGAUGGAGUUAGUCUGCGUGUCCACCAGAAAGUCUGUUUGGAGAGCUGAGAUAAGGAGAAAUGAUUAUAGCCAGACCAGUUGGAAGGAUAGGGCCAUUUUAGAGGAACAGAACAAUGAUCAAUGCCAAACCAGUGGUAACUACAGGGACACCUCUGAAGAAGGGAAAAGUGAUAUUUGCACUGGGGGCAGUACGCACAUCACAGAGAUAAAGAGAGAUGAUCACUACCAGACCAGAGGGAUUGACAGGAACAUCUCAGAGGCAGCAGUGUUUGUGAACAGGCACAGAGCUGAGCUCAUUGGCAGGGUGUAUAACGUGAUGCCUAUCGCAGAUGUGCUGCUCUCCAAGGGACUGGUCCACCCUGAGAAGUAUUCAGAGAUCAGAGCAGCUGCCACCAGUGAGGCAAAGAUGCGAGAGAUCUAUGAGUGUCUGCGCUCAGCUGGAGCUGAGGGGAAAGCAGCGUUCUAUGGAGUUCUAUUGCAGGAGGAGCCCCACCUGCUCCAAGACCUGAGAACACCUGCAUUGUAGACUAGAUUAAACCAGCAUGUUAACCUGACUACACCUGCUGUAAAGACUGACUAAAGUUGUUUUAAAGACCUGACUGCACCUUGAGGACAGAGGGGAACAUCACAACUCAUCCAGUAUUUUCUGUGAGGACAUCCAUGAAUGAUUACAAAUUUCAAAUGAACUCUGCCUUUGUAUGUGUUUCAUGUAAUAGCUUCUUCUAGCCUUCUUUCUGUUUAUUGACCCACUCAGAAUGUCUUUUCUGCAAUAGAUUUGCCAUUGCAAAUCUGCAAUACUAAGGAAUAUACUGUAUGCAGCAUGUUCAUAUGAUAAAUUACUUUUAAUCGACCA